AUGGUUAACAGAUUUUACAUUUUAACUGCGAUUCUGCUGGUAAAAAAUAUAGCAUUAUGCGAUGAAAGUAUGCAAGAAUGUCCAGUCAACGUAAAUGAAAACGGAUUACUUCAAGCAUACUGCGCAAAUAGAGGUUUACCUCUGGUACCAUCCAAGAUACCAGCUGACAUUCAGGUUUUAGAUUUAUCAGAAAAUUACAAUUUACGUUUUACUCCGAAUGCAUUUCGUCGUUAUGGACACACGUUGAUACACUUGAAACUCAGCUUCAUCCAGAACGUAACCCAACAAAGAGCCAGACAUCUAGCCCCACUGGACAUGUUCCUAACUUUAUACAAAUUGGAAAUUUUCCAAUUCACAAAGUCAAAUUUGACAGACGACGAAAUGUGGAGAUUUCCAGCCAGUUUACAAAAACUCGUGCUAGAUGGUAACUGGUACACGUAUCUGGACGUAUCGACCAGUUACAAAUUACAAGAAAUCAGCGUCAACGAUAAUCGAUUGAAAAAACUGCCCACGUUGUACCAGCCUCCCAUCCACAUGAUGAAAUGCAGCCUGAAAAAUAAUCCUUUGGACGAUCUCGCCGUCGAAGAUUUAGCGCCUCUGUGUAAUCUGAAUACAUUAGAAUUGGAAAUUCCACAGGGUGCUUUUCUAACCCAAACGAUAGGAAAUUGCAGAUGCCGACAAAUAAUGAAAUGGGCCGAACUGUUUAAUAUUUCAGGCGCGUAUCUCGCUUGUAGUAAUAAUCUUACCGUCAAAGAUCUAACAUCUACGACUACUCAUGCGCCAGAAAUAACGAAUACUAGUAGCUGGGUGACCGUAUUUACCAAGAAAAUACUCAGAGAAACUUACACGAAUAUGAUAAUAGGGUUUUUCUUAGCUUGCGUAUUGGUUCUUGUUGUCUUCAAAGUAGCUCAGCGAUUUAGAAGACCACCGCCUAGAUCGAGAAGAAAAAGUAGUAAAGCUAAGAAGAAAAAAAACAGGCGAAUUGAAGUCGAAGAUGAUGAAGAAGAAGACGACGAAAUUGGUCACAGGUUUUGA